AUCUAUAUAUGCGUCAAUGGCGUCGUCCCUACUGGAGCGGGUGCAAAAAAUAGGCAGCUGUUGCGAUCGACUUCCUCGAGUUGUCUCUUUCUUCUCCUUCCCCGGCAGGGCAAGGCAAGGCCACGCCGCGCGCGGAGGGAAGGGGAAGAUUAGAAGGCGCGCGCGGGGAGGACGACGUACCGCCACCCAAGGCUUUGCUGGCUGGCUAACCAUAGCUGAUUGAAUUUUAGCGGGUCAAACUUAUCUCGAGGAGUGGAGGCGGCGGCGGCGGUGGUGGGUGGUGGUGGUGGUGGCGAUCUAGCGGACCGGAGGCCGGCCGGCGGGGUGGUCGCCGGCGAACCACGUUUACCCCUCUGUAGCCUGCCUUUGGUCUGUCGUCGUCUCGAUCUCCCGUAUUGGUGGUUCACUGCAAUGCCUUCGCCUGCAGCCCGUGCCCUCGCAGCGGAGUCUUCUUCUUCGUCGUCGUCGUCGUCGUCGCUGCACGGCUGUGGCGGGUGCUACUGACUCUUGGAUGUAGCUUGCCCGCCGUCGUCGAAAUGUUGCUGUAAGAAGCCGAGCUCACCAGCGAAGCCGGCCCUCGAUCGCCUCCGGUUACUGCCUCACCGCCGACGCGGGAGGUUGCGUCUCUUCGUCCGCCGGGAUGGCAAUCGCGGUCGGUCACUGCCACGAGCUGAGGCCCCCGGGCGUCGUCCGUGGCCGGUUCUGCCGCCUCCGCUCCGUCGCCCAGCUGGACCGACCGCUGCUCGACCAUGACCUGGACCGUCGAGAGCGCAGCAGGUUCGCCGGUUUGUCGCCGCGGCGGAGCCUCUCCUCGCCUUGCUUCACCACCGUCCCUCCCGCGGCCGACCGCGCCAAGUCCGCCGCCGACGAUGGGAAGGUGCCGCGCGUGGAGAUCGUCGCGGGCGGCCGCGCCCCCGGUGUGCACGAGCUCAUCAUGGAGGCCGCGGGUGCGAUCGCGACGGGGACGCGGCUCGUGCCAGCGCAGAGCGGCAUCGGGGGCGCGCUGCUGCUCGAGGACGACCGCUCCGGCGAGCACUUGGCGGUGAUCAAGCUACUCGACGACGCGCCCUCGCCGUCCCACGGUGGUGGCGGCUACGCGAGCAAGGCCGUGCUGCGGGAGGUGGCCGCCUUCCUCCUCGACCACGAUGGCUUCGCCCGCGUGGAGCCGACCGCCAUGAUCAAGAUAUCGCGCCCCUCCGUGCCGACAACGACGGCCUCGAUCCAGCGAUUCGCGGCACACGAGUACGACGCCGGCGAGCUUGGCCCGUCGCGGUUCUCCGUGGCGUCCGUGCACCACGUCGGCAUCCUCGACGUCCGCCUCCUCAACAUCGACCGCCACGCGGGCAACAUCCUCGUCAAGAAGCCGCUGGAGAGCGAGUCCGCCGGCAGCAGCAACGGCAACACGUCGACGCCGCUGGACCUCGUGCCGAUCGACCACGGGCUCUGCCUCCCGGAGCAGCUCGACGACCCGUACUUCGAGUGGCUGCACUGGCCGCAGUCGUCGCUGCCAUUCUCCGGCGUCGAGCUGGAGUACGUCGCGUCGCUGGACCCAUUCAGGGACGCCGCCAUGCUCCGCGCGGAGCUGCCGGCGCUGACGGAGGCGGCCACCCGGAUCCUCACUCUCUGCACCAUCUUCCUCCAGCGCGCGGCCGCCGCGGGGCUCUGCCUCGCCGACAUCGGCGACAUGAUGACCCGCGAGUUCUCGGCGAUGGAGGAGGGACUCAGCGCGCUCGAAUCCCUCUGCAAGAACGCCUACGACGCCUCCGCCUCCACAUCCCCUCGCAAGCAUCCCUACGACGACUCCGACGACGACGAGAGCACCCAGUUCGGCAUGGACGACGUGCCCGCCGCGGCCACCGCCGCCGGGCUGGCGCACUUCCUCCUCGGCGGAAGCGGCAUCGCGAAGAGCGUGAGCUUCUCGGCGGCGGAGCAGGGCGCCUCCGGGCGCGGCGGCGCGCGCAAGCGCAUAUCGUUCGAAGAGCUUACCGGCGAGGAGUGGGCGGCGUUCCUGGAUCGGUUCGAGCAGCUGCUGCCGGCGGCGCUCGAGGCCAAGAAACGCGCCGGGCUGAAGCUCACCUGCAGGCUGGGAACCUCCGUCUGAGAUCGAAUCUUGCCUCACCAUACCGUACUCCAUCCAUGUCGGAUUCGUCGUCGACGGAGCUAGAGAAGAAGAUGCACACAUGUCCGAGAAAUCCUGAAAGCCUAGCUCGUUGUACGUGGUAGGCAAGGGCGAUCGAGGCCAAUCCCGCCAUUGUCGUGCGAGAGCUUGAACCCUAAAAAUUUCAUGCUAUAGGGGAGCGCAGGAGCAGCUCUGGAAAUGGUACCAUGUUCCAAGGAAGCUGACUAGCAGUGCCAACGAUCCAAUAUAUGCAUCGAGCGAGCAACAAAUUAACAAAACGUUGCUCCAUUGUUGUAUUAUGAUACUA